CCGGUACUAGGUAACGAGGUAAAAUGCGACGGAGAGUCCGCACACAAUCGGCAGUUUUAUCGUUAUUUUAAACUUUCAGCUGCUGUUACAUUGAUGUACCUCAGUAAGUACUGUGUUACAUAUCCACCUCAGGUUUCAGUUAUAUUCAUCAUUCAGGGGGGCUUUUAUCGUUGUCCGUUAAGUGCAUGUAGCCGGGCGGAAGGAAACAGACAAAUAAAACUUAGAUAAACCACUAAUAGAAACCUCUCAGUAGUUUGUUGUCUUCAACAGCGUCUUGCUACCUGCGCCGCCAUGACUGCUAAUCCUCCAGGACAAGCCUUCCCAAACAAAACACGCGUGGCGAUCCUGGCUGAGCUGGAGAAGGAGAGGAGGCGGCUGAUGCAGAGUCAGUCCAUGAACACUCCUGGGGCCAGCAUCCCACUGUCCAGGCCAAGUCUGAAGGAGUUCAGGGACAACGCGGAACAGCAGCACAUCGCUGCUCAGCAGAAGGCCGCCCUGCAGCACGCACACACACACUCAUCGGGCUUCUUCAUCACUCAGGACUCCUCAUUUGGAAACCUCAUCCUCCCCGUCCUUCCACGCCUGGAGCCCGAGUCAUGACCUUUCACCCCUGAUCUUCCUCCUUGCUGCCUGGGACAAAGCUUUGAAAUACGUGCACAUCAGAUCCCUGUCUCUCCCAGUUUCCUCUUUUAAGUCUGUGAUUAAUAGACAGUUGUUUGUCAUCUUGUAAACAAUCUCAGGGGAAAGUGAAUCCAUCAUUUUUACAUUUUCCAGACUAACAAGCUGGCUGCUGAUUUUAGGAAAGCUUUCCAAACAGUCAGAUUAGAGAUUCCAGAUCACUAUGAAACAUCCUGUCAACCAGGGAUUAAAGGUGAACUCUAGAUAAAUACUGUAAAUGUUAUCCUGCUCUGCUGGCUAUCACAUGGAUUUCCAUAAAAUGUACAUUUUGUCAGGUUUUUUUACAUUUGUAAUUGAUUUGUAUUAAUAUUCGGAUAAUAAAAUUGUUACAUUCAAUUGUAA